AUGUCUUGGUUAUUAAAACAAGCUGAAGAUAUUUUAAAUCGAGUUGAUCAACAAACAAGUGCAGCUUUUCAUCAACAAACACCACAAACACCACAAUUACCAACAAGACAAAAUCAAGUUGAAUUUAUUUCUGAUACACCUUCAUUUAUUCCAUCAACACCAUUAGAUCAACCAAUUACGAAUCGUGUGCCUACAAAUCGAUCUACAAUAGUACCAAUACGUCGUACGAAAAAAACUGAUGAAACAGAUCUUAUGAAUUAUCUUAAUAGUUCAAUACCAAUCAAUAAUAAUGAAAUAAAACAAUUAAGUCCUGUUCAAUCUUCGAACAAUAAAACACGUACGAAUAGUUCAUCGGUUGUUCUUCAUGAUGAUUCUUCAUCAGUAGUUACAACUCAUAAUAAUAAUAAUAAAGAACUUGUUUUAAAUAUUUCAUCAAAUAAUGAAUCUAUAAAUAAUAAUUCUGAUAAACAAUUGAUUGAUACACUUCAAAUUGAAAUUCAAACAUUAAUACAUAAUAAACAACAAUAUGAAAAUGAAUUACAUACUUAUAAACAUCAAUUAAUUCAAUAUCAACAUCAAAUAGCUGAAUCUGAUGCAUUAUUACGUGAUUUACGUUCACGUGAAUCAGAUUCUAAUGAAGUUUUAUUAACAAAAGAUUCUCAAAUAGCAUUACUUCGUGUACGUUUAGCUGAAUCUGAUGAAUUAUUACAACGAAAAAUUUUACAAUAUGAUGAAUUACAAAAUGAAUAUACACAUAUAUUACAAGAUUCAUCAUAUAUUCAAUCCGUAUCAUUUGAUACUUUACAAUUACGUAAAAUACAAUUAGAAAAAGAAUUAGAACAAAAUUUAAAUGAAAAUGAACGUUUAAAUAAUGAUAAUGAACAAUUAAUAGAACAAUUAAAAUUAACUGAAAAACGUUUAAAUGAUGAACAUUUACAAUUCUAUGAACAACAACAACAAACAAAACAUGCAAAAAAUUUAAUUAAUCAAUUAGAAUAUGAAAUGAAUGAAUAUAAAUCUAAAGCACAAAGAAUUUUACAAACAAAAGAUAAAUUAAUUAUUAAACUUAAAGAUAUUAUACAACAUCGAAGUAAUACAUCAAAUAUUGGUGAUCAACAUGAAGUUGAAACUAUUGGCACUAAUGAUGAUUCUACUCUUCUCGAUAUUAGUCUCGUUGGUAAUUCAUCUGUAUCGUCACCAAUAUCUACUCAUUGGGCUUCUAUACAAUAUGAAGAAUUAAAAAAUGAAAAUGAAUUAUUUAAACAAGAAUUACAAGCACGUGAAUUAACAAUUCAUACAUUACGUAAUGAACUUCAAGAAGUUGAAUUAACAAUUCAACAUUCCGAGGAACAAUAUCAAGAACAAAUAAAUCAAUUAAAUGAACAAUUAAAAGAAGAACGUUCACGUUUAAUAUUAGCUGAACAAGACUAUCGUAAAUUAAAACAAGAAUUAAAUUCAAUGAAGGAUGAUUUUCAUAAACAAAAACAAAUUUAUCAAGGACAAUUAAAUGAACGUGAACGUGAUAUUGAACGUCUUCGUUUACAAUUAACUUCUAAAACAAUAAAUCAUGCUAAUGAUGAUGAAUUAGAAAAACGUUUACAAACAUUAACUGAAUCUUUAAUACAUAAACAAACUAUUAUUGAAACAUUACAAACAGAUAAAAGUUCAUUAACAAUGCAAUUAGAACGUUUAGAAAAACGUUUAGAUGAUUAUGAAACUAUAACAACAAAAAAUUCUUUACAACAAUCAUCUAAAACUAUUCCAACAACAUCAAUAUCAAUUGAUGAUAAUGAACAUUAUGAAAAUCUUCGUUAUCGUAUGCCAUUAUUACGUGAAACACCAUAUGAUGUUGAUCUAACAAAAAAAGUUAAACGAGCAGCUAAUGAACUUGAUAAACUGGGAAUUCGUUUAACAAUAUUUUUAAGACGUUAUCCAAUUGUUCGUCUUGGUGUACUAUUCUAUAUCAUAAUUCUUCAUUUAUGGACAUUUAUUGUACUUUUUACAUAUACACCAGAGAUUCAUAGCAAUACAAAUUCAAUUAAUUUAAAAGAUAAACUAUGA